CCCGCGGAGCACGGCGUCAACGACGAACCCUACACCUCAAUCGCUUGAUCUGGAACGAAAGACCACCGAGGCACCGCGCCUCAUCACCAUCGCUCCCUCGUUCUCGACACAACCGUUAUCAUGUUCUCGCUCCGUACCGUCCUCGGAGCGCCCAGCGCCCUCCGCCAGCUCCUCCCCUCCGUGUCUCGCCGAUCUAUUCCUGGCGCUAUGUCUCUCCGUCCUUUCUCGCACAUGAUCCGGAACAGUUUGACGAGGCUGCGGGCUACUUCGUCAGGGACUGGUAGUGCCGUUGCUGUCGCUGUGGGCGCGACUCGCCAGAUUGAGCAGGUUCGGGGUAUGAAGACUCGCUCUUCGGUUAAGCGGCUGUGUGAUGGGUGCAAGCCUGUCCGCCGAAAGAACCGUGUGUUCAUCAUUUGCUCGAAGAACCCUAAACACAAGCAACGCCAGGGAAAAUAGAGAGAAUGGCAAAACCUCUCAUAUCUACUUUUUGUUUCGAUGGCAUGCACGAUCUUGAUACCUCAGAUCCUGGCCUGAUUUGACAGUCUCAUUAUACGUGCUAUCUGGAAUAUUUCCGAUACGAUAGGCAUAUCCUGUUGUCCUCAUUCUCGGAUUGCGUACGAUCUGUCUGGUCAGGCCGGAUACGCGGGAUUUCGUCUCGACUCUUCAAUUGGUGGCAUACACCUUGCAUACUUGUUUCAGGCCCACAGUUACUUUGGGAUAUCGCGGCGCUUGGGUUUUUAUACUUGUACAUUAGCUUCAUGACUAGAAUUGCUGGUCUUCCAUUUUUCAAUCAAUUCAAGG